AUGAACAUCCUUUCCCUGCCAGAAACAGCCCAGGAUCACCUGCUGCGCUCGUACUUCUCUGAGGAAGGGCUGGAGUACAACCUUGUCCGGCUCCCUAUGGCCAGCUGCGACUUCUCCCUUCAUGCCUACACCUACGAUGACGUUCCCUUCGACUACGAGCUCACCCACUUCAGCCUGCGAGAUGAAGACACGAAGCUGAAGAUUCCCCUCCUGCACCGAGCCUUGGCCAUGAGCAAGCAGCCGCUGUCGCUGUAUGCAAGCCCCUGGACCUCCCCGACCUGGAUGAAGACCAGCGAGUCCUUCGUGGGGAAGGGCACGCUGAAGGGGCAGGCAGGGGACAAGUACCACAAGACCUGGGCCAACUACUUUGUACGGUUCCUGGAUGAAUACGCCAAGUACAACCUGACCUUCUGGGCGGUGACGGCAGAGAACGAGCCCUCGGCUGGGCUGAUCAACAACUACCCCUUCCAGUGCCUGGGCUUCACAGCCGAGCAGCAGCGGGACUUCAUCGCGUGGGACCUGGGCCCCGCGCUGGCCAACAGCUCCCACCGCCACAUCCAGCUCAUCAUCCUGGACGACAACCGGCUCCACCUCCCGCAUUGGGCCAAAGUGGUCCUGGAGGAUGAAAAGGCAGCUCGCUACGUCCACGGCAUUGGGAUCCACUGGUAUCUGGAUUUCAUUGGUCCCAUACAGGACACGGUGGUGCCAACUCACGAGCUCUUCCCUGACUAUUUCAUCCUGGCCACGGAGGCGUGCAUCGGGGCCCAUUUCUGGGAGAGGGACGUGAUCCUGGGCUGCUGGGAUCGGGGGAACCAGUAUAGCCACAGCAUCCUGACGAACCUGAACCACUUUGUGGCCGGCUGGACCGACUGGAACCUGGCCCUGGACUUGGAGGGGGGCCCCAACUGGGUCAAGAACUACGUGGACAGCCCAGUCAUUGUGGACACCAGUGAAGGCAUCUUCUACAAGCAGCCCAUGUUCUACCACAUGGGGCACUUCAGUAAGUUCAUCCCUGAGGGCUCCCAGCGUGUGGGGCUCGUCGCCUCCAAAGAAUCCAAGAAGGUGGACCUGGAGUACACAGCUUUCCUGCGCCCUGACGGUGCCGUGGUGGUGGUGGUUCUGAACCGGUGA